AUGUCCUCGCUCUGUCCCCUGCUGCUCACCCUGGCCCUGGCGGCCAUCCCCAGCGCCCAGGGUGCCUGCCCGGUGCCCGGGGACCUGAAGAAACCCGAUGGGACCCGCACGUGCGCCAGGCUCUAUGACAAGAGCGACCCCUACUACGACAAUUGCUGCCGGGGAGCAGAGCUGUCAGUGGAGCCUGGCGCGGACCUGCCCUUCCUGCCUUCUGACUGGGCCAAUACAGCGUCAUCCUUGGUGGUGGCCCAGCGCUGUGAGCUCACCGUGUGGUCCCACCCGGGCAAGAGUGGAAAGACCCGCAAGUUCUCUGCAGGAACCUAUCCGCGCCUGGAAGAGUACCGCAGGGGGAUUUUCGGAGAUUGGUCCAACAGCAUCUCUGGGCUUUACUGCAAGUGCUAUUGAUGUCUUGAGGGUCUUCCAUUCCCAAUGCCUUAAGGUGGUGCUGAGCCCAACCCUACC